CUCUCUCUCUCUCUCUCUCUCUCUCUCUCUCUGUGACGAUGGGCACUGGUCAGAUAUGUAAUGUUGUUCAUGGGUUGAAGCCAGUGUUGUUAAUGGUGGUGAUUCAAUUUGCACUUGCAGGAGUUAAUAUUCUCUAUAAACUGGCCGCUCACGAUGGAAUGAAUUUAAGGAUUCUUGUUGCAUAUCGCUUCAUUUUUGGAACCGCUUUCCUUCUUCCUAUUGCUCUUUUCAUCGAAAGGAAGAGCAGGCCAAAGCUCACCUGGAUGGUACUUUUGCAAGGAUUUUUGUCUGGCUUGUUCGGUGGAUCGUUAGCACAAAAUUUGUACAUUGAAAGCUUAGCCUUAACAUCGGCAAUAUUUGGUUCUGCCAUAGCCCAACUCAUCCCAGCCAUUACUUUCAUCUUGGCCGUCAUCUUCAGGCUGGAGAAGUUGAAUUUGAAAAACCUAGCAGGGAAGGCAAAGGUGAUGGGAACAUUAAUGGGAAUAGGUGGAGCAAUGCUUAUGACCUUUUAUAAAGGUAUGGAAAUCAACAUAUGGUCCACGCAUGUUGACCUUAUACAUACUAAUCGGCAACAACACAGCCAAUUGGCAUCAACACCGCAUACAGACACUGGUAAUCAACUAUUGGGUUGUCUACUGGCCUUCGCAAGCUGUUUGUGCUACGCUAUAUGGCUCAUUAUCCAGGCUAAAAUGGGUGUGACAUACCCUUGCUAUUAUUCAAGCACGGCUCUAAUGUCAGCAAUGGGGUCAAUCCAGGCCGUUGGUUAUGCCCUCUGCAAGGAGAGGGAGUGGAGCCAAUGGAAGUUGGGUUGGAAUAUCAGGCUUCUAACCGUGGCAUACUCGGGAAUUAUGGCCACUGGGCUAAGUGUGACAAUUAUUGCUUUGUGCAUUCGCAUGAGAGGCCCUUUGUUUGUAUCUGUUUUCAACCCUCUCAUGUUGGUACUUGUUGCCAUCCUUGCGUCUUUGGUAUUGGAAGAAAAACUGCAUCUAGGAAGCGUUUUGGGAGCAGUAUUGAUAGUGUGCGGUUUAUAUGGGGUGCUGUGGGGUAAAGGCAAAGAAAUAGAGAAGAUGAGUAAUUCUGUACCAUCAACAACCUUUCAUCAUCAGGAUUCUGGCUCAAUUGAUAUUGUGACAAUGCCUCCAGAUAACAAUAAAGGCAACAGCAACAACAUUGAGAGCCUAACAAAUAACAUUGCUCCAAAAGCUACUAGUUCUGCAGUCAGCAGGAUUCACUAAUUCAAAGAGAGGAAUUUAAAAGAUUUCUAAAUCGACCUAGCCAAAACGAGUGAUAGAGUAUUAGUAAUUAUUAGAUUAUUUUUGAACGAUGUUGUAUAUAGAUAUCCAUAUAUAUACAUUGUUGAUUCUGCCACCUUCAAGUAAA